CACUCAUUCAUUCAUUCGCAGUUGCUUGAUCGUUGUUGUUGUGGUGGUUGGAAAUUUUUGCAAUAGAUUUUGAAAAUGAAGAUAGAAGAAGUUAAGAGUACUGCGAAAACGCAAAGAAUAUCAGCACACACCCACAUAAAAGGUUUGGGUUUAGACGAAAAUGGUGUUCCUAUUCAAAUGGCAGCCGGUCUCGUGGGCCAAGAGUCCGCCCGAGAAGCUGCUGGUAUAGUAGUAGACAUGAUUAGAAGCAAAAAAAUGGCAGGGCGUGCCUUGUUGCUGGCUGGGCCACCUGGAACUGGCAAGACUGCCAUUGCUCUAGCCAUAGCGCAGGAACUUGGCAACAAAGUUCCAUUCUGCCCAAUGGUCGGCAGUGAAGUAUACAGUACCGAGAUAAAGAAAACAGAAGUGUUGAUGGAGAAUUUCCGCCGAGCCAUAGGACUACGUAUCCGAGAGACCAAAGAGGUUUACGAGGGUGAGGUCACUGAGCUAACACCUGUUGAAACUGAAAAUCCAGCAGGAGGUUAUGGAAAAACAGUUUCACAUGUUAUCAUCGGUCUCAAAACAGCUAAAGGAACAAAACAACUGAAACUAGAUCCAACAAUAUAUGAAUCUCUACAGAAAGAGAAGGUGGAGGUUGGAGACGUAAUCUACAUUGAAGCCAAUUCUGGUGCAGUGAAGCGCCAAGGCAGAAGUGACACAUUUGCCACCGAGUUUGAUUUAGAGGCGGAGGAAUAUGUGCCACUGCCAAAAGGAGAUGUUCACAAAAAGAAGGAGGUAGUGCAAGACGUAACGUUGCACGACUUGGACUGCGCAAACGCAAGACCGCAGGGUGGCCAUGACAUCAUGUCCAUGAUGGGGCAGCUGAUGAAGCCCAAGAAGACUGAAAUUACAGAUAAACUUAGGAAAGAAAUAAACAAAGUGGUCAACAAAUACAUUGAUCAAGGCAUUGCUGAAUUAGUUCCUGGAGUAUUAUUCAUUGAUGAGGUUCACAUGUUAGACAUUGAAACGUUCACAUACUUACAUCGCGCCCUAGAAUCUGCGAUUGCACCUAUUGUAAUAUUCGCUACCAAUAGAGGAAAAUGCCAAAUUAGAGGCACGGAAGACAUUAUAUCACCGCACGGAAUCCCACUGGAUCUUCUAGAUAGGCUGCUAAUAAUUCGUACUUUGCCAUACAACAAAGCCGAACUUUUGCAGAUUUUAAAACUACGUGCAGCUACAGAAGGAAUCGCCAUUGACGAGGAUGCCCUGGCUGCGCUCGCCGAAGUCGGUGCUAGCAGCACCCUUAGGUAUGCGGCCCAGCUGCUGACGCCGGCAGCGCUGACGGCGCGCGCGGACGGCGCGUCACGCAUCGCGCCGGGACACAUAUCCGCGGUACACACGCUCUUCCUCGACGCCAAGUCUUCGGCGCGCAUCCUCACGCAGCAAUCCGACAAGUUCAUGAAGUAAUCCCAUUCAUUCAUUCGUUCGUUCGUUCAUUUUAAGCGGAGAGUUUAUUCUAAAAGAAUUCUCUUUAUCGAUGUGUAAAGCCUGGUCCUUGAGCACGUAGAAUUUUGUCCAAUGACCCCAAGCUACCCAUCCUUAUCGAUCGCGCGUAAUUAUAUUGCUAUCGAGACUGUGCGACGGGCGCCCGCAGUGAGUGUGCGAGCGCGAUAGCAACAUAAUUACGCGCGAGCAAUAAGGAUGGGUAGCUUGGGGUCAUUGGACAAAAUUCUACAUGCUCACGGACCAGGCUUUAGUCAGAAUUUACUCAGAAUGAGGGUUUUCGCGAAUGAAAAAUCCGCCAGAUGGCAAUACGUAGACGCGAAGUCCAAAUGCUGCAUGAUUGGUUAUUUUUGACAUGACAUUGACAGAUAUGUCAAAAUCCACCAAUCACGCAGCAGUCAGACCCCACAUCCACGUCCCGCCAUCUAGCGGAUCUUUCAUUCGCGAGAACCCUCAUUGUUUUUCGCAGUCAAACUCAUUCUUACGUCUGUGUCAUCUCUCAAUCAUCUCAAGAUGUGUGUAAACAUUUAGGGCUUGCAUGUUUCUGGUAGGCAUGUUACGAUAUUUGUGAUGCUCUUCAAUAUAAUGUUCGCAACCGGGCCACAAUGUUGUCGGAAAGUAUAGGCGUUUUGACAGAUUUUGGUUGCUGAAAUGUACACGAGGUGUUGUGUACCCAUUGCUUUGUAUUUCUUUAUUUUAAUUAGGUACCGUAAUAUACCUUGAUACAAGUCAUAGCACUUGUUAUCCUAUAAAAUGUAAUUAAUGAAAACAA